AUGUAUUACUCCGAGAAAAAGAUACAAUUUCAGCAGAGACAGACUAACUUUAAGUCUGAUCGUAGUCUUGGAUGGGUAAAGAACGGACAGCGCUGGGAAAAGAAAAUAGAGCCAUCUGCUAUCAAGCUGAACGAGAAGAAUUCUGACUGUGACUGGCGCCGCCGUGAAAAUGGCUACAAACACCACACUGGAGAAUACGUCCGCAAGGACAACUCGAUGGUUGUUAGAAGAGGAGAGCCAGUUAUCUUCACUGCUAAACUCAAUCGAGACUUUGACCAGGAGAAGGAUGUGAUAAAGAUUGAUCUCCGAUACGGUGAAAAUCCUUCCUUGACGGACGGGAGCCACAUAAUUGUUUCCAAAGUCGAUGGGCCACCAAGUUACGAUUGGGGCUUGGAGUUUUUGAGUGUUGACGGGGGAAACGUCGAAAUGGCCUUGCAUUCUCCUGCAAAUGCUUUCAUAGGCCGAUACAAAUGCGCAAUAUAUCUUCAAACCGGCGACGACCACUGCCUUGACGAAGAGCCAGAUCUGAUUUUCAUCUGUAACCCUUGGAAUGAGACGGAUGAGACAUUUAUGCACAACUCUGAUGCACUCGACGAAUACAUUUUGAACGAGCACGGAGGAAUCUGGCGAGGAACAACUCAGUACUCAAGCCCUUGCAUGUGGAAUUUUGGCCAGUUCGAAGAAGAUAUUCUCGACGUUGCCUUGUAUCUGAUUGGAAAUGAUCCCCGAAUCAAGGGCAAGAAAGGUCUCCAAAAGACGAGAGAUCCAGUCUGGCUUUCGCGAAUCCUCUCAGCGGGAGCUAAUUCUAGCGAAGGAGGAGUUCUUACCGGUAACUGGUCUGGCAAAUACGACGGCGGUGUCAGUCCAGUAACCUGGUCCGGUUCCGUGAAAAUUUUGCAACAGUACUGGGAAACGAAGUCUGACGUGAAAUUCGGACAGUGUUGGGUAUUUUCUGGUGUGAUGACCACUCUCUUGCGUACUAUUGGCAUUCCAGCGCGUUCCGUGACCAACUUUGCGUCCGCGCACGAUACAGACAAUACAAUGACCAUCGACGAUUUCGUCGACGAAAAAAAUAACGAGGUGAAGGGCUUGUCCAGCGACUCUGUUUGGAAUUUCCACGUCUGGAAUGAAGUAUGGCUCAGAGGAACAGGCCAUUGGCCGGCGGUUUACGCUGGUUGGGCUGCAGUUGACGCAACACCACAGGAAGAGUCCCGUGGAAUGAUGCAGUGUGGUCCUGCUCCGCUGAAGGCGAUUAAAGAUGGAGAGAUCUACGUUGGUUAUGACACAGGCUUUGUCUUCGGCGAAGUCAACGCUGACCGAGUCACUUGGGUAGUCGAACAAGACGGUGACACUUCGUACAUAAAAUCCAUGGGAUCGCGACGAAACAGAUCCGUUGGAAUAAACAUUUCUACAAAAGCAAUCGGUUCUUACAGUCGUCACUUGCUCACAGACGAUUACAAGUAUCAGGAAGGUACAGAAGAAGAAAGAGAAGCUUUCUCGACUGCGUAUGCUUUCAGUUCUCGCCCAAGUUACUAUUCUAAAUUCCUCGACUGCGAAAAAGAUGGCAAACAGGUUGACAUACAAAUUUCGCUUGAACCGGAAGUGCCUCAAAACGGCGAAGACUUGUCAAUCUCUAUCAGGGUCGCCAACUUGACGGGCUCUGACAUUUCUGCGAACGUAAACAGCGCUCUUAGAGCCUGUUUUUAUACAGGCGAAAAGCGGCAACUGGUAGCAGUUCAAGAGGCAGACGAUGAAACUAUCGCAGCUGAGCAAUCGGCCGAAUACUCAAUGGUUGUUCCUUACACAGAAUACGGAGGCAAAUUUGCUGACGACCAAAUGUCGAUGCGACUUGAUGCCUGUGUAACUACUGGUGGCAAGACAUACACUGAACUGCUGGAAUUCCAAUUUUUCAAUAAGUCUUCAGUGCGCAUCGAGUUUGACGUUGAAGAGGCAAAACUCGGCGAGGAGCUUACUGCUAGUGUGAUUUUUACGAACCCGCUCGAUAUUGAUCUGACAAACCUGACGAUCACGAUCGAAGGCGCUGGCCUAACAAGACCAACCUGCAUUGACUUAGAAGGCUUCGUUGAACCCAAGCAGGAAGCCGAAAUAUCACUGAAAAUCAAGCCUCACAAAUUGGGUGAGCGAAUGCUUCUUGUUGAUAUCGAUGCCCAGGAACUCAAGGAUCUCAAAGGACAAGCAAUCAUCAAUGUCGUCGAAUAA